AUGGCAAAUAACGAUAUCCCCCUGGGACUGUUACUAUGGCAAAAGCUUCGUAAUCUCAAUAUUCGAAACGUCAUGGGCGUGCCUGGUGAUAUGAACCUUGAGUUACUUGAUUACAUCAACGAAGUUGAAGGCCUAAACUGGGUUGGAAAUGCAAACGAGCUCAAUGCCGCCUAUGCUGCAGAUGGAUAUUGCAGAGUGAGCGGGGUUCCAGGCGUUGUGGUGACAACAAUGGGGGUCGGCGAAUUGAGCGCCCUCAAUGGCAUCGCUGGGGCGUACACGGAACAGGUCAAAGUGAUACACAUUGUAGGGACGACGCCCCUUGCCGCCCAUGAAAAGCACCUGAUGAUACACCACUGCUUGGGGCCUUCUCCGGAUCAUAAGGUUUAUGAGAAAACCUCGCAGCACGUCCGGACAGCCCAUUGUUGGCUGGACAAUCCUGCUACGGCGGCCCGCGAGAUCGAUAGGGUCGUGCAUGAGUGCUACGCAAAGUCAUUACCAGUUUACAUCUUUUUUCCUGUCGAUAUGGUUGAUCGAAAAGUUCCUGCCCCGUCACCAUCUCAACUGGAUUUGGCACCUUUCACAGACAAGUUGAGCCAAAAGGCUGCAAUCUCGGCCACGCUAAACUUGCUCUACAAAGCAAAAUCGCCGGCAGUGAUUGUUGAUGCGUUGACGGCGCGCCAUCGUGGAAAGGACGUUACUCGCAAGCUUGUGGAUCUCCUGCAGUUUCCCACCUACUCGACUUCGAUGGGGAAAAGUAUCAUCGAUGAAACAGAGUCAUAUUUUUGCGGUAUCUACAAUGGACAGGUUUCGGUUCCUGAAGUGUGUGAGGUCCUCGAGCAGAAGAGCGAUCUCGUCCUCGACCUUGGACCUAUACUAGCAGAUUCCAAUACCGGUGGCCACAGUCGGAAAAUUGCAGAGCACCAGAUUAUCGCAGUUCACCCUCAUCACGUCACCAUUGAGUGUGUCGUUUAUCCCAACAUCGGUCUUGUAUCCUUUCUGUCGACUCUCCUGGAAACGAUUGAGAAAUUCAGGCUGCCGCACGUUGCUUCACCCGGGAGAGCGCCGCUACCUGCGGCCAAAGACGUCGACUCGAAGCUGAUCACCCAGUCGUGGAUAUGGACGCGCUUGGGCGAGUUUUGCAGGCCUGGAGACGUUGUCAUAGCAGAAUCCGGCACCGCCCAAUUUGGCUUCCCAGACGCCAAUCUACCAGAGGAUAUUACGUACAUAACGCAAGUUUACUAUGGAAGUAUUGGAUACUCCGUUCCAGCUACUCUGGGGGCCGCCGUGGCUCUUAGGGAGCUGAACCGCGAAGGAAGAGUGAUUCUAGUGGUUGGCGAUGGAAGUCUGCAGUUGACGGUGCAGGAGAUUGGAACCAUGGUAAAGCUCGGUUUCAAGAACAUUAUCAUCGUGGUGAUUAACAACAAUGGUUAUACCAUCGAGAGGGCCAUACACGGCCCCGAAGAAGCAUAUAAUGACAUAGCGGCAUGGAAUCACCAGGCCAUGCUGGAAUUCUUCGGAGCCAAAAAUGCCCGAGCUUCCACUCGUGAAGCACGUACCAAGAAGGAAUUGGAUGAGGUGCUGGGCCUCCCAGAGUAUCAGCACCCAAGUGGUAUCCAGGUACUUGAGGUUUUCAUGGAGCAGAUGGAUGUGCCGUGGAGACUGGCAACGCAGAUUGACCUCAUUAACAAACGAAACGCGGCGACCCGAAAGAGGCAGGAUGACCAGUCGGCAUAG